ACGAUAGAGCCCAUACAGAUUGUAAACAAAACACUGUAGCUCCUCUCGUGACGUUCGACGGCGAGAGGGAAUUCAGUGCAACAACGUUACGAUAUACUUUUUUUUCCCCAAAUCGUUAUUAUUAUGUCGGCCGGGACGACGACGCGAACUACAGUUACGUUAUGUCCCCGACGUAUGUGCACGGCACGGCAGCGGUUCCGAUCCGUCAUAUUGACCGUUCAUCGUCGACUAUUCGCGUUUAACGUUCUCUCAGAAGACUAAGAAAAACUGGUUGUUUUCGCCCGACUCGUAAUUGCUUGGUUACAGCCUACAGCCAUCUACUCCGGGACGGACACUAUACAAAGAAAGAAAAUCCACCGAACAUAAAAAUCGUAGCGGUUUGAUUCAGUGACAAUUAUUUAAAGAUCUGAAAUUUUUUAUCUGUAAUUAUAUUUUGACUCAAUAAUGUCGGGGUAUAAUAAUUAUGAAAAUUGGCCGCAAGAAUCAACUUCAAAUACAGACGAAGAAGAAUUGUCGUCUCCUGAAAUUGAACAGGAUGAUAGUGACGACGAUUCUGCAACUUCAACAUCUAGCACGAGUACAUCUGCAUCCAGUAGUAGUGGUAGUAGUCAGUCAGGCUCUGAUUCUGAAAGUACUAGUACUGCUGAUGAAGACGAAACUAUAUCACUCAAAACUGAAACUGUAGUGGCUAAUAAAACUGAGCUUAGUUUACCUGUUGGAAUGUGCGAAGAUGAAGAAGUUUUCAAACAACUUUUUUCUGUCAACUCUUGGGUAUGCUUAAGUGACCAACAAAAGCAACAUUUAAAGAAUUUUCUUCCAACUUUUCCUGAAAAUGAUUUAAUGGAAAAAGAAAUCACUUUAAGAAUGCUUUUUGGUGGUCAAAGUUUUCGAUUUGGAGUUAAUCCAAUUGAUGAUUUUCAUGACAAAUUAAAAAAUGGACAUUAUCGUCCUGAUAUUGUUAAAAUGAAAUCUUUGUUAAGACGUACUCUCAAAAAAGAAUAUAGAAAAAAUCAACGUAUUCACAGUUUUAAUACAUUAAAAAAAUUACUCUCUGGACGUACAAAGAUUAUUGAUAUUCUUAAUGGGGUUUCAACUACAUCCACGAUAAAUACUGGGGGUAGUAAUAGUUAUACUAUGCAUCAGCAAGUAAGAAGAAGAUAUUUUCGUGAGCUUUCUGAUAUUAAACAUCUAGUAGGAGAUGAUUCUGAUAAUAGUUCAGAUAGCAAUUAUCAAGAAGGACCACCUGCUCGUCUGAGUAAAAAACAACGGCGUAAUUUAGCUGUUUUACAAAAUUCUCUUUCACCGGAAGUAGAAACUAUCACUUCUACUUUAGCAACAUUUCCUGAAGGAAUAGAUUUGUCUAAAAUUGCUUUGCCUAUGAGUAAUCCUUUUGAUCCAACUGAAGAUAUGUAUAGAGAAAUGUUGUUAUCUCAUAAGAGAAAACAGAAGAAAAUUGAACAAGAAAAAGAACAAAUAAGACUUGACCUAAUGAAAGAACAGAUAAAACCAGCUGUUUCAUUGGGAAAUGAGAAAAAGAGGUCAGCAACUAGCGAUCGGUCUCGAGUGAAACGAACAAAGGUUAUUAAACAAUCAGCACAAUCAUCUUCAUCUUCAUCUUCACAAUUAGAUGUAAAACUUCCUGUGCAGUUGGAUGGAUUUGAUAAUAUUACAGUAAAACAAGAACCAGUUGAAUCAGAACCAAUUAGUAUUCCAUUGAUUAAAAAAGAGGUAUUUCAUGAGCCAUCUCCACCUAUAUCAACAUCACCACCACCAUCAAUACCACCACCACCACCGCCACCACCACCACCACCACCACCACCAAUAUCACCAUCAUUACCAUCACCACCACCUUCAACACCUAUACUUGAUUUGAUUCAAGAAGAAUCAAUUAAAACCAAUUUAGAUGCCAUAAAAUUAGAACCAAAAUUAAUUAUUACUGAUAUUGUUAAGACGGAAGAAGAAAUAGUACAACAGAGGCAAAUUAAAGUUGAACCUAUCAGUUUAACGGCUGAUGAAAUACGUAAGGCAGAAGAAGGUCAGGCUGCUGCAGCGAUGUUGUUAGAGCAAAUGAGUGAUGUGGAAGAGAAGUAUAAUAAUUCGCCAUUAAUAUUGUCAUCACCUCCAUCUACACCUCCACCAUCUGAAAACAAUUUAGAGUCCAAGUACAGUCCAGCUACUUAUCACAUUAAAAGAGAAUUUCAUCCAGAAGAUAUGUUAACUAGUACAGUGCAAUCUAUGAGUACUGAGUCUCCUCCUAGGAUGUUGCAUUCUUGUAUGCUACCAGUCACUCCUAAUAACUAUGGUUCUAAACAGUUAUCAUUAUCACCAGUGUCUACCCCAAGCAAAGUUAUCACAGAUUCUAAUUAUGUUGGAUCAUUAUCAGAGUUGGAAGGUUUCCAUGUUUUAGAUAUUAAGACUGAGUGCAAUGAUGAUAUGGACAUUAAACCACUACCAGAAGCAAAAAAUAUAACUGCUAGUUUCUUUGCACUUAUUAGAGAUAUAAUAUGUUCCACCUGGGAAUACCGUAUGAAUAUGACUGCAUUAACCGAACGUGUCCUAGAAUGGGUGAAAUCAACAUUAAAUAAUAAAAAAAAACCAGAUUGGUAUCAUAGUUUAGCAUUAAAAACUUGGCCUAAAGCUUUACAAUCAGCUAUAGGUUUCUUAGCUGGUCAUUUUCCUGAGUGGCAGCCGGAAGACUUUGUUCCUUAUAUUGAAUAUAAACCUAGUUUAAAUACAUAUCAGUGGAUUGGUGCUGGUAGAGAUUCAGAUACUCGACUCGGAGAGUUAUGCAAUUGUUGGCUACAUAAUUUGAAUAAUAUUAGUUUAAAAUUAAAAAAUAUUAAAGAAGAUAUGAUUGGUAUUAAAAAUGUACCAAUACCAUCUACUGUUGAUUUUAUUUCAACCAUUGAAAUGCCUGAAACAGAUUCAUCGAUCUCUGUACCUACUCCAUUAUUAGAUACUUGGGUAGUAACACCUUCUAAUUCUGAAGAACGCGCUGUUUUCCAGGCUCAAGAAAGACAAAGGUUUUUAAAACCACAUCGUUCUUUUAUAUAUCGAAUGCAUGGAUAUGAGUCAGUUGUAGGUCCUGUUCGUGGUAUUUACAAUUCUUCCAAUAUUCAUAAAGCAGCUCGUGGUCAUUCUUUGUUAAUAGAAAAUAGACCGCAUUUCAUAUCAAUAUUAGUAUUAGUACGUGAUGCGACUGCUAGAUUGCCUAAUGGAAUGGGAACUCGUAGUGACAUCUGUGUUUUACUUAAAGAUUCACAAUACUUAAUGGAAGCAAAUCAAACUGAAUUACAUAAUGCCGUCAGUGGUGCUUUAGAUAGAUUGCAUUAUGAAAACGACCCAUGUGUUAAAUAUGAUGCUAAACGUAAAAUUUGGAUAUACUUACAUAGAGGACGAACAUUGGAAGAGUUUGAACGAUUGCAUUUAGAACAACAAGGUGCAGUGAAGAUGAAAUGUUGGCGAAGAAAUAAAACCCAAAAACAAUCACCUGAACCUAAACAAAUACCAAAUAAAAAACGACCAUCCAAUGUUCUCUCUGAAUCUUUGUCAAUGUUAGAUCUACCUACGAGUUCAACUUCAGAUUCUAUGCCAAGUUCAAGUACUUCGCCUGUAUUGUCCGAUGUGAACAUGCAUGCCACUCAAGACAUAACGGGUACAGAGGGUUUAAAACUGUCAUUAAAAAAUCCUCGAGUAAUUAAACAUCGAAAAAUACCUACGCAAACUACAGAUAAUGCUGUUGAACUUAAAAUAGAAAAUCCAUCAUUAAUAGAUCAAAAUAGUACUGAAGCUUCCCAAAGGUUUGCUAUGCCCGUAUCUAAUAACAUUUCAACAUCUGCAAGUAGUAAUAGCUCAACUAUUACUGCCUGUAAUAUUACUAGUAAAACAUUUACUAAUCAAUUUACUGGCAACAUCACUAGUCAAUCAUUUACCAACAACAUGAUAAACCAAUCAAUUGCUGGUAACAAUAUUAAAUCAAUGGCUAAUAGCAAUAUACAAUCAAUUGCUGGUAACAAUAUUAAACCAAUGGCUAAUAGCAAUAUACAAUCAAUUGUUGGUAACAAUAUUCAAUCAAUUUCAAGUAGCAAUAUCCAUUCCAUUUCGAGUGGCAAUAUACAGUCUAUUGCUAGUAGCAAUGUCCAUUCAGUUACUAGUAACAAUAAUCAAUCAAUUUCUGGUAAUAUCACUAGUCAAGCAAUUUCUAGUAAUAUUAAUACCAAUCAUUCAGGUGCUAAUACCAUCAUUAGCCAUUCGAUGGCUAAUACCAGUUUAAAAGUUGUGAAUACACAAAAUAUUGCUAAUUCUGGGCAGAUGAUAAAAAUUACGCAAACUAUGAACAACAGCAAUCAAAACCUCAUUAAUAAUAAUAAAAUGGUUGUCAAUAGUAUUUCUUCAAAUAAACAAGUUUUAUCAUCUGGAGAUCUAAUUACAAUUGGUUCCAGAAAGAAAACAACAAAACAUGUUCAAAUUUCUCAACCAGUCACAAUUGGACCAUCUUCUAUACCUACAAAUUUUCAACAAGAUCAUCAUAUUACUAUUACCAAAUCACCUCAAAACAAAGAACCUCAACGUCAGAUAUUAUUAUUAAAACAAAAGCGAUCUGAUCAUUCGGUUGCAAACUCUGAACAAAAUUCUUCUAUUAUUAGUCAAACUGAUACUGUGAAAACACAAACUGUCCAACAGUUUCUUCAACUUCAGCAGCAGCAAAAACAACAGAUGCAGUUAAAACUUUUGCAACAUAAACAAAUUCAGCAGCAAACUUUGCAGCAAAACAAACAACAAGUCAUUAUCAGAAAAUCUGAUGUAGAUGAUAAAACUGAAGCAGGGAAUGGGGAACUUUCUCAAUUUAAAUAUGUAAUACAAAGUCCUACAGGUGUCCAAUCAGAACCACAACAGUUAACACAACAACAAUUCCAACACUUAUUAAUGAUUAGGCCACAAAAGCAGACAGGGCAACAGACUCAAGUUGUUAUGGUUAAACAACCAGGGAGUGAUCAAAAACCCAUUGCUCUCAAGCCGAUUUUAACAUCAAUUCGCGGUGCUAAGAUCCAUCAAAAUCCAGCUAAGACUACUAAUGUGAUGUUGCAAACAAAACAAUCUGGUCAAAGUGUACAACAUAGACUCACUAAACCUAUUGUUGGUAAGAUUGUAUCUAGUCCAAGAGCACAAUUACCUGUUGAUUCCGUUAUUGGAAAUCGAAAAUUAUCUAGUGUUCAAGGUGCAUCGUUACGAAUUUCUGGUGUACAAACAUCAAAGAGCGGUCAACCACAUUAUACAGUAGUGACCGUUGCUCAACCAAAACUUAUGCCAUCAAAUCAAUUAACUAUUGGACAGCAAACGCUCACUCGAUUGUCAUCUAUAAAUGAUCGUUUGAAGUCUGGUGAUACCAAUCAAUCACAAACUUUGCGAGUGGUUCAGUCACAAAUCAGUGGGAAACCUGUUUUGGUAAAAAAUAAAGCACAAAUGUCAUCAUCUCUCACAGGUAUACCAACUUCAUCGACCAUAGUAUCUGCAGCAGGAGUGAAUUCUACACCUAACACUUACACUGUGGUGCAGCAAGGUUCUCAACAAAUACUCGUUCCUGCUAAUUCUUUGAAAUCUAUUCAAGGUCUAAAAGUUAUACCACUGUCACAUCACCAUGUUAAAGGACGAUCACAGAUGUAUGCUCGUUUAGUGAAUCCUGACAUUGUAAGGCCGAUGUUCAUUCAUCAACAGUCUAAUCAAGACACUAGCCAAGGACCGAGUGAAUCAAAUAAUUAAACCUCUGUGGGAUACCAGUUCCUUAAUUAUUAUAAUUAUUUUUUUAUUUAUACAUGUUAUAGUCAUUAUCUAUGAACUAUGUAAUGACUUUGAAAAAUCAUAGGUUUAUUAAUGACUUAUAAGUCUACUUUGUAUAUGUAGUCUGAUCCGUUACCUACUUUUUUUUUUUUUUGUUUUAUAUUUAUUUGCUUCAAUAAACUUUGUUUAAAGUA